AUGGAUGGCCCCCGCCCUGACUCUGCAAUCGACCUCAACAUCAACCAUCCAGCAUACGAGCCUCUGCAUGAAGACGAGAUCCGGAUCUUAUUCCUGGAUCCAGGCAGCAAUGAAGAGCAGCUCUCGGGCAGGCUUGAAGUGGUCGACCUCCACCAUGCACCGGACUUUUGUGCUCUGUCGUACGCAUGGGGCGACCAAGUCAGUACGAAGGGACAUCUGAAGCUUCAUGACGGGCGCAAGCUUGAGGACGGGCAUAAGCCUGAUGACUGGGAGGAGCUACCUCUUAUGGCAUCUCUGCGAGAUGCUUUGCACACUAUGCGACGACCUGAUGAGUCACUCGUCAUCUGGGUUGACGCCAUCUGUAUCGAUCAAUGCGACGAACCUGGGAUGAACGUGGAGAAGAGCAAGCAGGUUGCCAUCAUGGCCGAUAUCUAUUCGAAAGCAUCUGAGGUGCGAAUUUGGCUGGGAUACCUUGCCAGUCCUGCGCCUUUGGUAAGUACGAUCGUUAAGCUUCUUCAUGAACACGCCAAGAAAUAUCGAGAGUGUCUGGCUGUUUUGGAUGUUGCUACCGAGGAGGAGCUGUCUGAAUAUUACACAGACUAUCAGCAGGGCUACACUGGUAACAUACGCAAUCCCAUCAUGAAGACUAGCGAGCCCGAUAAGAUGCUGGCCCAUUUUUAUGCGUUCAGAAUGUCAAGUCUAUUGCAUUAUAUGCCAAGGAGGUUGAACUGGAGCUUAGGAAUUGACAAAUCACCUCGGGAGGAAUGUCCGGUGUUGAAAGGGUUCCCGAUCUCGCUGGACCAAGGCUUGAGUGCUCUCGAAUCCCUUUGGAGCUCGGCUUGGUACGGGCGAUACUGGGUCAUACAGGAAGUUGUCAAGGCCAAGCAGGCUAUCUUUUACGCCGAUCAAUGCUGUUUCCCAUACCAGGAUCUCGUGGAUGCAGCCGAGAUGCACUAUAAACUCGCGGACUGGACCACACUCAGCGAGGCAGAAGCGUGGGACCUGAAAGACCUUGCAAUUCACGCACAGGUACAGCUCGGCGGCAAGAUCGAUCGACUUUCUCGCCACUCUAACGCCUGUCCCGUCACUGAGUUACUUGAUGUUAUUGAGCUUCCUUCACUGAGGGGCAGUAUGAAAAAGUCGCACGAUCGAGUCUAUGCCGUGCGUGCUCUGUCAAGAAUAAUCGGCAAGUCGGACUUACUAUAUCCAGAUUACGAGCUCGACAUCUCCGAGCUUUGGAGGCUUUUCACCAUAUCCAUCCUGCAAACCAGGGACUUCAUUGAGACGAACCCAGCGCUUGUGCUAGCCUGGCCCUCAACCCAGUGGAAGGAACGCUCGCCCAGUCUGCCGUCAUGGGUACCCGAUCUGGAGGCUCUGACGUCCGAGAGUCUGACGAAAGCGUCGUUCUACAUCAACUUCUCCGUUGAAAAUUGCGCCGGUGGGCAAAGUCAAUGGCAAGAUAUCACGACCGCACCGGACAACGACGAAGUGCUUAUAGUCCGAGCUGCUUUAUGCUUCAAAGUUGACCGGAUCCUGCCACGCUCACAGCGACGAUCGUAUGCAUAUGGUCGUUAUGCUCUAUCGCUUGAGGACUUCGAAGAAGAGAUCAAAGUGCAGACUGUUCCACACUAUUUGCAUUGCUACAAAUUUGCGAAACAAUAUGCCAUAGCAUACGACUGUAUAGAGGAUGAGUUUGGCCAGCUCAUGGCGCAUGGUCAGGACCUCCGAUGCCGUGCCGGCUCGUUGUUGACGUCGGAAUGUGCAAAAGCCAUGAUUGAGCCCUAUAUGAAGAGAGCCGUGAGAGUGAACAAAGAUCUGGCGGGUGUGAAGGUUGACAUCGACCGCAUGACCAAGGAUCUAAUGCCUUUUCUCGAGCCGGAUCUACCUUACCACUUCAUCGACAGCACGAGGCUCCUGGCAACCACGACCGACGGCUGGAUUGGGUGGGUGCCAGCUCAUGCACAACCCGAUGACUAUAUUUACGUUCUUGAAGGUGCUCCCUUCCCUUUCGUACUACGUUAUCAUGAAGACGGGCACUACAAGCUCAUUGGCGACGCCUGGGUGCAGGCCACGCAGGAUGCAGAUGUCUGGCCGACCGACGAGAAGCAUCCUUUCAGAGCCCGUGAAACCCUAUCGUUGAAGAAAGCUCAGACCCUGUACACGUUCGUCAAGUAG